ACUGGUGGAAGAGCCUGGCAGCCUCCGUGACGGGCCUGAUGACCGCGACACCAACCGAGCCAGAAGCAGUGGUGAAGAAGUACCUGGAAGAGGUGAAGGGCUCUCCUGCCGAUGAGGACUGUAUCAUCUGCAUGGAGAAGCUGUCCGCCCCCUCAGGUUACAGUGACGCAUGCGAGUGCAGCACGAUCAAGCCGGAGACGGUCGGUCGUCUGACAAACUGCCAGCAUUCCUUCCACAUGCUCUGCAUGCUGGCCAUGUACUCCAACGGGAACAAGGAUGGGAGUUUGCAGUGCCCCUCUUGUAAAACCAUCUAUGGAGAGAAAACCGGUACUCAGCCCAAAGGGAGGAUGGAGGUCUCCACUUUUCCCCAGUCCCUCCCUGGCCACAAGGACUGCGGGACAAUCCAGAUUGUGUAUCACAUCAGCAGAGGCAUCCAGGGCCCUGAGCACCCCAACCCUGGGAUGCCUUACACGGCAAGAGGCUUUCCUCGCUAUUGUUAUCUACCAGACAAUGAGAAGGGCAGAAAGGUCCUGGAGCUCCUUAGGGUGGCCUGGAAGAGACGCCUGAUUUUCACAGUGGGCACCUCCAGCACCACCGGCGAGAGCAACACGGUAGUGUGGAACGAGAUCCACCACAAGACGGAGAUGGACACAAACCUGAGCGGCCACGGUUACCCUGACCCCAACUACCUGGACAAUGUGCUGGCGGAGCUGGCCGCGCAGGGUGUCACCGAGGACUGCCUGAGACAAUGAGCUGGGGUGGGGGCCCGGCUGUGCCGUGCACGCGUCGGGGGGCCCACCUAGUGCACUUAUUCCUGUUGCCUUAAGUUCCUGUGUCUGACCGCCUGUCACACUGAGCAAUAACACUGUACCGUGGGAGCCCUG